AGGGUACGCAAUUAUUCCACAAUGUCUGGUGAGUCAGGCCAGCCUCAGGCUGGUCCCUCACAUGCUGGGCUCAAUUUGCCUAGCUUUGGGAGAAAUCACGCUGGGGUCCCGGGAGGAGUGAUCCGACGGGCAGGAGCCCGGGGACCCAGGUCCUGGAUCCAGAAGGUUCUUGAGCAAAUAACGGGCUCACCUCGCCAGUGGGUCACUCCCUCAGAGGUGGUGCCUGUCACUGUGCUGGCCGUCCAAAGGUACCUGUUAGAGGAUGAGCCACGCGACACGGUGCCCAAGCCUCCUCUUUACUGCUAUGAUGUGACGAUCUCGGAUGGGGUGUACCAGGAGAAGUGCUACCUGGACCCGAGCUUGAACUCUCUCGUAUACCAAAAUAUUCUUAAAGUUGGCAUAGAAGUGAAAAUUACUAGAGUCUCGUGUCUUUACAACGAGAAAAGAUUAGGCCAGGGGAUUCUGUGCAUAGAUAACGUCCACUGUGGGGAUACGUUGGACAGAAUUUCUUUAGAAACUCCCUUCAGAAAUAGAGCACACGAGGAGAAACCAGAGAGGCCUUUAAGGGGUGGGCAGAGUCAUUACCUGGCGCUGUGGAAUAACGAAGAUCCAUAUGGAGAUAUCUGGCUGAACGACAAGCAACCUGAGGAGCACGACUUUAGCGACACAAAAAUAAUUUCCCUUUCUCACCUUGAGAUGACCUGGACUAACAGAAGGAAUUUUCCUGCACUGCUCGUAAGGAUCUUGCAUAAAUCAAAACUACGAUACUAUGGGAAACCUGAUAAAAAGAUGGUUGAACCAUACCAGACCUUUUUGGAAGUUGCUGACAGUUCAGGCAUGGUGUCGGUGAUUAUGUGGAAUGCUCUGUGUCCUGAGUGGUAUAAAAGUUUGCAGGUUGGUUUAGUUCUUCUGCUUCAAGAUUAUUCCAUUAAGAAGAGUUACCCAUUCAGGGUGCAGCCUCUCCCUGUGGAUCCAGAGACCAAACUAAUAUCUACAAUGGAAAUCUGCCUUAACCUUCGAGAUCCUCCAACUAAUAUAAUCAUCAUUCCAGAAAGGCAGGUGAAAUCAGAAUGGAGAUUGCCAAUAUUAAAUCACCGAUUUGUCACAAGAUCAGAGCUAGAUGAUAUACCAGAAAAUCAUAUCUGUGAUGUUAUUGGAAUUUUAGUUUUUGUAGGAAGGGUCCAGCGGUCAAAGAAGAAAGAAAACCGUGAAGAUUUUUGGUCUUAUCGCUGGAUUCACAUUGCUGACGGGACUUCAGAGCAACCAUUUAUAGUGGAACUGUUUUCUACAUCUCAGCCAGAAAUCUUUGAAAAUAUCUACCCAAUGACAUAUUUUGUGUGUACACAGCUGAAAGUUGUCAGAAAUGACACUCGGAUACCUAAACUGCUUUACCUUACCACUACAAAUGAAAGUCGAGUGUUUAUUACUGGUCAUAGAGGCCAGCCGUAUACCUACGAAUCCAAGGUAAAAAACUUUAUUCAGUGGAUUAAAACAAAGACUGAUUCUGAGGGAAUGAAGAAUACUGUUAUUGGUGGAUAUUAUCCCUAUCCACCAGUGCCGGAGACAUUUUCCAAGUAUAGUAGUUCUGUUAAAGUUGAGUCGCUCUUGACAGCUCUAAGUGAAGUGAGGAAGGAGAUUGAAGGCUUGCAGUAUAGGGAACAAAAGCGCAUUGCAAUUCAGGGGAUAAUUACUGUUAUAAAGUAUAUUCCCCCUAGUGGUGCAACUGAAAGUGCCUCAGCAUCAGAAACACUCCGGAAUGCUAACCAACCCUCCACAUCCCAAGCAGCUAGAAGAGAAAGUGAAAGUCAGAAAAGAGAUGGUCAACAGCAUCAAGAUGACAGGCCUAUGAGUUCUCAGUGUUUUCAAGCUACAUCUGCAUGUUUGUGUCCAAGCAAGAAAAAAAUAAUUCUUCAAGGCCCAUAUGCUAAACCAGUUGCUGUACCUCAGCCAAACACUUCUGCACAAACAAAAGGAAAUAAACAAGGCAUGCCAAGCAUCUUCCAAUAUCAAGAAAGUGCAAGUGCUAGAAUCCAAGUGAGAGCCAGAAAAAAUAUAAGCGAUAGGUGGGAGAGUCAGCUGUGGAGAGAGAAGAAGUUUGGCUUCAAAAAUCACCUACAUUACAGCCAUGUUUAUCCUGAAAGUAUUCCACGGAAAUUUAUUUACGAACACAGAAAAUUUCUUACCGAGCAGUAUAAUUCUCAGCCUUCAAAAUACAUACCACCAGAAGGAAGGCCCCUAAAACUUGAUGAUUUUAACAGUGCUCGAAGCCUUGGACAUUUUGAAGUAACCAUCUUAGGUCUGAACCAUGAUAUAGCAAUUGACGUUGCAUUUCUGCCCAUGUACUGUCCAGAAGAUCUCCGGACAUCUCAAGUAGACACAUUGUUAACCUGCAUGAAUUACAGCUGUGUAUAUCCACAGGAAGUAACUGCCAAUGACCAACUUUCAGGUUCAAGAGCACUUGCAGGUGAUAUUAUAAAAGCAGUAACUGAACUGGAUAGAGUACAUAUCAUCGGUAUCUUGGAUAUCUGUAAUUUGGGUAACAACAAAGUGGAAGUCUAUUUGCAGAAAAUUUAUAGUCCAGAGAAUACUUCUUAAAAAUUGGCAAAUGAAAUUAUUACAGGUUAUAAAGACAACAUUGCUUUAAAGAAAUUCUGUCAUUUUGUUGGUAAUUUCAGUAACUGUUUUCAGCAGGAAUAGUACUACAUGAGCUUUAAAGUUAUUAAGUGGUUUUAUGUUCAUCUUGUACUUGGAGCUAACACACUUCAUUUUAGAUUCAUUAUUGGAAAAGGUCAUCAAAACAAGUUUGUGUAUCAAAAAAAUUUACAUUACUUCUAAAUGACUAUCAUCUUGACGUGUGAGAAUUUAUGUUCUCUGUUCCAUUUGUGAAGUAUAUGUUUAUUCUAAAGCCUCAGUAUAAGUCGUUCUGACUUACAAGAGUAACUUUUCGUGGAGAUUUAACAUCCUUCCAAUUUUAUUCACAACUAUUAGGAAAUUUUGAAUUGCCAAUUUGAAGAUUAAAUUGUCCUAAAGUGGUCAAUCUGCGUUUCUCACAACCACAGUAGCUUCUAUCAUUUUCAAAAGUGCAUAUGGAUUGUUCCAGUUGCCCCCGCUCUAUAGUUUGGUCAGCUGUAAAUGAGUGGGCCGAAUUAAGUUGUCUUAAGGUUUUUCCAUCCCAUAUGUUGACUUCAUAUUCUCUGAAUUUCUGAAUAUUUUGACCAGUGUAUGAUGUUAAAGCCAGAGGCUGCGUGUGUCUAUAUUCUUGCUGUAUUCAUUUGUAGUUUCAGUAUGUGUAAUGUGAGUUUAAAUAGUGACAUGUUAUCUCAUAUUAAAAUUAUGUGUUCAUAUUGAAAGUAGAAAACAGUAACUAAGAUAACUGAUUUUAUUCUGGUUAUCUAUUAUACUUCAUUUUAAAUGUAAUUUGCCACUCUGCAUUUGCAGGACCCUGUGGUUGACAUCUACAUGGUUGUUAGAUGAGCUAAAAUGACCAGCAAUUGAGUUUAAAGAUUAUUGUUUCAAGAUGAAUCUGAUUGUAGUUAAGCUUUUAACUUAUGGGAUUUUUCCGAGUAGCCCUAUAGUUCUGAGACUUCAUAUGCUAUACAUUUUAAAUGUGUUGGGCAGCCUAUGAACCUGAAGAUAUACUGUGGUUUGUUAAUAAAUGUGUUCAGUCUUUUAUUCUUUAUAACUGUGUUUAAAUGUUAAUUAAAAUAGUUGGAUGUUACUAUUUUGAGUGUACUAUUAAAGAAAUUAAAAUACAAUAACGUUUUUAUUAAAGAAGUUAAAAUACAGUAA